UCUUCCUACGCCGAAACGUUCCCUCUCUCUGAAGAUAUCGACUUGGGCAACACCUGGGACGCUCUAGGAGUACCCUCUGGUAUGCGUGAGCAAGUGAUCCCAGAUCACGUGCUGCCCACUGACCUUCAUCUCAAAGAAGAGGAAACUGCUCGGUUUGAUAAUCCGGCAUACUGGCCAUUGUCAACGAUAGAUGCCGCGCAGCCAUACGUAGAAGAGACCUUCUUGAAGACCCAAACGUCCUUGCAAUUUGACCUAAAUCCCCAGCGGACACCGCAGGACUCACCAUUAACCUCACCCUUGGGGACACCAUCCAGCGGGUUCCCCCCGUCUUCCUAUACCCCCACACUAUCUUCCGUGUCCUCUGGGUCGCCAGUUCCAGUAACACCACCCAUUUCAAUCACUAUCAGUGAAUCUCCUCAGUCACUCUCCCCAGCGUUCCCAGUUCGACAUAGCCGAGAGCAGUAUAGGCUCAAUCCCGGCCUACUCAUCGAGAGCAUCCUUCCCAGAUCUGCUGAUCCCUCACUUCGACUACACCUCUAUAACAUAUUGUCGUCGGACUGGUGGUACAAGAACGAAAGGGAGCCUCGCAAGGAAUUCGUCCCAUUUAUCAAGAAGCAUGCCGCCGGGAGCCAGAGGCAAUUCGAGUGCCUUUUGUGCGGGAAGAAGGCGACCAUAUCCGGACUCACAUCUACCAUCGCCCUUACCGCUGCGAGGCCGCUCGAGGAUGCGGUGACCAGAAUUGGUGAGUCUAUUGACUUGAGAGGUGCAUCACGCGCUAACAUCUUUUUAGCCAAAUGGCUUUCUAUACCAACGAUUGUCUCAAGUCGCACCGCUCCAAGAACGAGCAACGAUGUGGCACCUGGUGAGUCCGAGUGUUCUAACCCCAUUCGACUUGUCACUGAUUAG